UGAUUGUCGAAACCUGUGCUAAAAUUAUGAGUUGUCUCCACUUUAUCAACUUUUGUUCUUUUUGUUUACACAAUUUCAGAUUUCUCAUAUUAUUUGCACAUGUUGAUUCUGCUGCAAGCCCAGUCUCCAUGACAACAGAAAUAACUACAUAUGUAUUUGACCUUGACAUUCUGAUAUAAACUAGUUGAAAAGGAUUAGGUAUAAAGGAUUUUUAAGUCCGUCACAGUAAAUUACGCAAUAUGAAUGAAGAACAUUGUGGAAUCGGAGAGAAACUGUUACCAAAAGUAACUCACAACCCUAAUAUGUCUGAGGAAGGGACUGGUUACAGUUCUGAUAUGUCUACAGAAGGGGCUGGUCAGAGUUCUGAUAUGUCUACAGAAGGGGCUGGUCAGAGUGCUGAUGUUCGAGUCCAAGUUGUAUCGGACACGGGUAAAAUACAAAAAUAUUUGUAUAAAUUUAAAGGUAUAAAACCUUAUAAAUGUGGCGUUUGUAAUGAAGAAUUUUAUGAUCAAGCUUCUGUUGAAAGACAUAUCAGCAGCCAUGCCAUUAAAAGACCCAAACGAUUUUUAUGCAGAGAAUGUGGAGCAGAGUUUGACCGGAAAAUUUUACUGGAAGAACAUAAACUACACGCAGACAUUAAAGAGUACAAAUGUAAGAGUAAAAAGUGUAAGAGAUCUUUUCAUACAAAACAAGCAUUAUUGGUACACGACCGGAGAAGUCAUCGGGAUAGACCUUUUCACUGUAGUAUUUGUGAAAACAGUUACGUUACUGUCAUCAUGCUAAAAAAGCACAUGGCUACACAUGAUGAACCACUUUAUAAAUGUGGACUCUGCAGAAAAGUAUUUCCUCAGCCUAAAUUUCUACGGAAACAUAUGAAAGAACAUGCCAACGAUGCCAACGAUGAACAUGGUGCAGAAUCUGGUAAAGUGUACAAUUGUGAUGCAUGCCAAAAAGAAUUCAGCGAAAAAAGUAAAUUACAGGCGCUCUCUGUGGAUAUUGAUAACAAGUCUUUGAAAAUUUAUUUUUGUAACGAUUGUAAGGCAAAGGAGGCGCUUACCCAGGUUUCCGUCAAAACUCCAGAGUGUACGCCUGAAGUGAUCCAAAUAGAUUAAAGUAUCUGUUUAACAGCAAUUGUAAUGUUGACUCGUAAUUCGAGAUAACAUGAUAAAAGUGACAUAAUUUACUUUUAAAUCAAAUGGUAUCAAUAAAAUAUUCGUUCGGUUUCUGUCAAA